AUGGUGGAAAUUAAAAAAGAAGAAACAUAUGCUCUAAACAUGGCUGAAAGUAAUGGUCAUCAGUCUGAAGCCACCACACGCUUAAUCCCGGCCGGGGUCACCGCGGCUUUUACCCCGAAUGAACAGAUGUCCACUGUCACACUCACCUCUACGAAAAAGAAGGCCGACCCUCCCGUCCCUGGUCCUUUCCCCAUCAUACCCCGCCAAGGACCCCCCUACGACUACGCGUGGUAUCAUUCACCUCUAGAGGAGCCUUCUAUUUACCACAUGAGUAACCCAGCAGCGGCGGUGACUGCAUAUGAGGCCACCAAGGCAGUGAACAAACGUGUUCAGUUUGAUUUGCGGAACAUGAAAUCCGUGUUGCUGGAACGUGGUUUGAUUGAGAACUCUGACUCCGAUGAAUAUGCCAGUUCAUGGGAUGACGCCGUCAAUGUUUUUGCUGGUGCGAAGUAA